CCAAAUCCCAAUUCCAAUUUCUAAUUAAAAAAAUUUCACAAGCUCAAUUAACACCGCAGCUACAAUUACCGGUUACUCUUUUAUCUUCUUCGUUUAGAUCUCACUUUUUCUGAAGAAACAAAGGGGCGAUCUAACCGUCUGCGUGGUCGUUUUACUCAACUCUCAGUGGCGUGGCCAUGGCUCCUCCGCCGCAGCAGUCUCAUCGAUCGCCGUCUCCGUCGCAACCGUCAGGGAAGAGUGAAGUCUCCGAUCUGAAAUCACAGCUCCGGCAGCUUGCUGGGAGCCGAGCUCCAGGGGCUGAUGAUUCCAAGAGGGAUCUCUUCAAGAAGGUGAUUUCCAACAUGACUAUUGGUAUUGAUGUCUCGUCUCUCUUUGGCGAGAUGGUAAUGUGCUCUGCGACAUCAGACAUUGUUCUGAAAAAAAUGUGCUAUUUAUACGUUGGGAACUAUGCAAAGGUCAAUCCUGAUCUUGCACUUUUGACUAUUAAUUUUCUACAAAGAGAUUGCAAGGAUGAGGAUCCAAUGAUACGGGGUCUAGCAUUGAGGAGUUUGUGUUCACUCCGGGUGGCAAAUUUGGUGGAAUAUUUGGUUGGGCCAUUAGGGUCUGGGUUGAAGGACAAUAAUAGUUAUGUCAGGAUGGUGGCAGUUAUUGGGGUUUUGAAACUGUAUCAUAUAUCAGCUUCCACCUGUAUUGAUGCAGAUUUUCCAGCAACACUGAAGCAUUUGAUGCUUAAUGAUCCUGAUACUCAGGUAGUCGCAAAUUGUUUGUUUGCUUUACAAGAAAUUUGGACCUUAGAGUCAUCCACAUCAGAGGAAGCAGCCAGGGAGAGAGAAACACUACUUAGCAAGCCAAUUGUAUAUCACCUUUUGAAUAGAAUUAAGGAAUUCAGUGAAUGGGCACAAUGUCUUGUGCUGGAAUUGGUGAGCAAGUACAUUCCGGCAGAUAGCAGUGAAAUAUUUGAUAUGAUGAAUCUCCUUGAAGAUAGACUCCAGCAUGCAAAUGGUGCUGUUGUCUUGGCAACUGUUAAAUUAUUUCUACAGUUGACUUUGUCUAUGGCUGAUGUUCAUCAGCAGGUAUAUGAGCGUAUCAAAGCCCCUCUCUUGACUCAAGUGAGCUCAGGAAGUCCAGAACAAUCUUAUGCGGUUUUAAGUCACCUGCAUCUUUUGGUCAUGCGUGCACCUUAUAUAUUUUCCUCGGACUAUAAACACUUCUAUUGCCAGUACAAUGAGCCAUCAUAUGUUAAAAAGUUGAAGCUUGAAAUGCUGACUGCAGUGGCGAAUGAAAGCAACACCUAUGAGAUAGUGACAGAACUAUGUGAAUAUGCUGCAAAUGUUGACAUUCCCAUUGCAAGGGAAUCAAUUCGAGCUGUUGGGAAGAUAGCGUUGCAGCAGUAUGAUGUCAAUGCUAUUGUUGACCGACUUCUCCAGUUUCUUGAGAUGGAAAAGGACUAUGUUACUUCUGAAGCUUUGGUGCUUGUGAAAGAUCUGUUAAGAAAAUAUCCACAAUGGAGUCAGGAUUGUAUUGCUGUUGUUGGAAAUAUCAGUAGCAAAAAUGUCCAAGAACCCAAGGCUAAGGCAGCUCUUAUAUGGAUGUUGGGAGAAUAUUCUCAGGACAUGCACGAUGCUCCAUAUGUCUUGGAGAGUUUAGUGGAAAAUUGGGAUGAGGAGCAUUCCGCUGAGGUUCGCUUACAUCUUCUUACUGCAGUUAUGAAGUGUUUCUUUAAGCGACCACCUGAAACUAAAAAAGCAUUAGGUGCUGCAUUGGCUGCUGGACUUGCUGAUUUUCACCAGGAUGUUCAUGAUAGGGCCUUAUUUUAUUACAGGCUUCUGCAAUACAAUGUAUCCGUAGCAGAAAGUGUGGUUAACCCGCCAAAGCAAGCUGUUUCAGUUUUUGCUGAUACCCAGAGCAGUGAAAUCAAAGACCGCAUAUUUGAUGAAUUUAACAGUCUGUCGGUUGUGUAUCAAAAGCCUUCGUAUAUGUUCACUGAUAAGGAACAUCGAGGGACAUUUGAGUUUGCAGAUGAACUUGGAAAUCUAUCUAUUACUGCAGAAUCUGGAGAGUCUGUUGUUCCAGCUCAGAGAGUGGAAGCAAAUGACAAAGAUCUGCUUCUAAGUACUUCAGAAAAAGAUGAAGGAAGAGAACCUGGUAGCAAUGGUUCUGCCUACAAUGCUCCUUCCUAUAAUGGUUCAUCUGCGCCUUCUGCAACUUCACAACCACUUGCAGAUUUGGCAUUUCCAAGUACUGGCUUAUCAGGUCAAGCACCGGCUUCUAGCUUGGCAAUCGAUGAUCUGCUUGGUUUAGAUUUUGCAGUUGGGACUGCAGCCACGCCUCCACCUCCUUCAUUGAACCUAAACCCAAAAGCUGUACUGGAUCCUGGCACAUUUCAGCAGAAAUGGCGUCAACUGCCAAUAUCUACAUCAGAGGAAUAUUCUCUAAGUCCUCAGGGAAUCGCAUCCUUGAUAACUCCCAAUGCACUCCUGCGGCACAUGCAAAGCCAUUCAAUACACUGCAUUGCAUCCGGUGGUCAGUCUCCCAACUUUAAGUUCUUUUUCUUUGCUCAGAAAGCAGAAGCAGCGUCAAUCUAUCUUGUAGAGUGUAUAAUCAACACAUCAUCAGCCAAGUCACAGAUUAAAGUAAAAGCUGAUGAUCAAAGUUCAUCCCAGGCAUUCUCAACAUUAUUCCAAUCAGCCUUGACAAAAUUUGGUUUACCCUGAAACUUUAUGUUGCACCCUUCAGACAAAGUAUGCAUGCAAUAGGCCGUGACGAAAUUUUGGAAUCCUGGAUUGAAUAUAUAAGGAAGUGGAGGAUAUCGGCUCCAUAACGACCCCAAAAAGUUUUGUGAAAGGUAAUCAUAUCUGUGUAUAACAGACGAAAAUGCCUGGGGGAUUCCAUUGGCUAAAAGAUUUUGUAGUUGUUUGUAUUCCAGUCAACACGAUGAUCCAUCGUAUAUUCAGUUGUAGAAAACCUAGUCUGGGUUGUAAGUUUGUAGAGUUUUUUAUUUUAUGCUGAUUUUCUGACGUUUAUUUAAGUGUUCAUUGUGUUCCAGGUCAUUAUUGGCAUUGAUUGACUAGUGGUUAAUUUCGGUGCUGGGCUGGUACUGAAAUGUGAAUCUGGAUCCUUUAUCAGUUGAUUGCUCAAUACACAAUUGAUACUCGAUGCCUCUACUGA